GCAGAAAAAGAAGACCAAAAAAGACCCAAUGGUUUCUGGUUCUGCAAAAGAGGCAAACACACAACGGAAAAAGAAAGGCAAGAAUGACCCAAAGGAUUGUGGUCCUAUAGUGGAAGUAGACAAUGUAACAUAUGGGCAGCCACACUACACUGACCUGGGGCAUUUAGGGACUAGCACGUACCAAAAUCAAAUUCAGAUGGCAGGUUACUAUCCGGGCUACUAUCCACAUGGAAAUGCUUUUGUGCCUCCGCCUUUCAGUUCAUUCUUUGGGACCCCUAACCAUGGUCAAGAUACACAAGGAAAUGUCACUCAGUCAUUCAAUCCAAAUCCCUAUAAUGUGUUUGCCAAUUUUAAGUGAAGGUCCUAUCCCAUUAGGAGAACCGAUGAGUCAUGUGCUAAACUCUACUUGUUUUUUUUGCUAACUGGUAUAUUUGAUUUGAUAGCAUCAGACUGAAUGCGGAAGAUUGCAUCUUUA